AUGUGUUAUUGGUGAGCAGCCUUCUUAGUAACAAGACAAACAAAACAGAUACAAACAGUGAAAUGAGUGGUUGUUUUGGAUUAAUGUCAACAAAUGAUGUAUCCACUUUCGUAACGUAUUUGGAUAGGAGAUGGAUGAAGAUGGCGGCCCCCAUGCACUUACCACAAAUUGCUAGUUUUGCUAAGUUCGCCGUAUUGUACAUUGCUCUCUGUUACUAUUUUUUGUGUGGUAAUUAGCACAGUAAACAUGCUCCCAAUUUUAGCUUCAAGACACUUUGCAUGUUGUGUUUAUAGUUUUGUUCAGAUAGCUAGCUGUACAGUGUACGUUACUUAUUUUUUCAACUGACUGUUCAGCAUUUAUCCUUUUCUAGCCACUGCAUCCCCCCUCUUCUUCAUCCCUCUUCUUCAUCCCUCUACUUCAUCCCUCUUCUUCAUCAUCCCUCUUCUUCAUCCCUCUUCUUCAUCCCUCUUCUUCAUGCCUCUUCUUCUUCAUCCCUCUUCUUCAUCCCUCUGAUUCAUCCCUUUUCUUCUUCAUCCCUCUUCUUCUUCAUCGCUCUUCUUCAUGCCUCUUCUUCAUCCCUCUUCUUCAUGCCUCUUCUUCUUCAUCCCUCUUCUUCAUCCCUCUUCUUCAACCCUCUUCUUCUUCAUCCCUCUUCUACUUCAUCCCUCUUCUUCAUCCCUCUUCUUCAUCCCUCUUCUUCAUCCCUCUUCUUCUUCAUUUCUCUACCUCAUCCCUCUUCUUCAUCCCUCCUCUUCUUCAUCCCUCUUCUUCUUCAUCCCUCUUCUUCAUCCCUCUUCUUCUCACCCCUCUUCUUCAUCAUUCUUCUUCUUCAUCCCUCUUCUUCAUCCCUCUUCUUCUUCAUCCUUCUUCUUCUUCAUCCCUCUUCUUCUUCAUCCCUCUUAUUCAUCCCUCUUCUUCAUCCCUCUUCUUCAUCCCUCUUCUCCUUCAUCCCUCUUGUUCAUCCCUCUACUUCAUCCCUCUUCUUCAUCCCUCUUCUUCUUCAUCCCUCUUCUCCUUCAUCCCUCUUCUUCUUCAUACCUCUUCUUUUUCAUCCCUCUUCUUCAUCCCUCUGCUUCAUCCCUCUUCUUCUUCAUCCCUCUUCUUCUUCAUCCCUCUGCUUCAUCCCUCUCAUUCAACCCUCUUCUUCUUCAUCCCUCUUCUUUAUCCCUCUUCUUCUUCAUCCCUCUUCUUCAUCCCUCUUCUUCAUCCCUCUGAUUCAUCCCUCUUCUUCUUCAUCCCUCUUCUUCUUCAUCGCUCUGCUUCAUGCCUCUUCUUCAUCCCUCUUCUUCAUGCCUCUUCUUCUUCAUCCCUCUUCUUCAUCCCUCUUCUUCAACCCUCUUCUUCUUCAUCCCUCUUCUACUUCAUCCCUCUUCUUCAUCCCUCUUCUUCUUCAUCCCUCUUCUUCUUCAUCCCUUUUCUUCUUCAUCCCUCUUCUUCUUCAUCCCUCUUCUUCAUCCCUCUUCUUCUCACCCCUCUUCUUCAUCAUUCUUCUUCUUCAUCCCUCUUCUUCAUCCCUCUUCUUCUUCAUCCCUCUUCUUCAUCCCUUCUCUUCUUCAUCCCUCUUCUUCUUCAUCCCUCUUCUUCUUCAUCCCUCUUCUUCAUCCCUCUUCUUCUCACCCCUCUUCUUCAUCAUUCUUCUUCUUCAUCCCUCUUCUUCAUCCCUCUUCUUCUUCAUCCUUCUUCUUCUUCAUCCCUCUUCUUCUUCAUCCCUCUUCUUCAUCCCUCUUCUUCAUCCCUCUUCUCCUUCAUCCCUCUUCUUCUUCAUCCCUCUACUUCAUCCCUCUUCUUCAUCCCUCUUCUUCUUCAUCCCUCUUCUUCUUCAUCCCUCUUCUUCUUCAUCCCUCUUCUUCAUCACUCUUCUUCUUCAUCUCUCUUCUUCUUCAUCCCUCUACUUCAUCCCUCUUCUUCUUCAUCCCUCUUCUUCAUCCCUCUUCUUCUUCAUCCCUCUUCUUCAUCCCUCUUCUUCAUCCCUCUUCUUCUUCAUCCAUCUUCUUCAUCACCCUUCUUCUUCAUCUCUCUUCUUCUUCAUCCCUCUUCUUCAUGCCUCUUCUUCAUCACUCUUCUUCAUGCCUAUUUUUCUUCAUCCCUCUUCUUCAUCCCUCUUCUUUAUCCCUCUUCUUCUUCAUCCCUCUGCUACUUCAUCCCUCUUCUUCAUCCCUCUUCGUCUUCAUCCCUCUUCUUCAUGCCUCUUCUUCAUCACUCUUCUUCAUGCCUCUUUUCUUUAUCCCUCUUCUUCUUCAUCCCUCUUCUUCAUCCCUCUACUUCAUCCCCCUUCUUCAUCCCUCUUCUUCAUCCCUCUUCUUCUUCAUCCCUCUUCUUCUUCAUCCCUCUUCUUCAUCCCUGUUCUUCUUCAUCCCUCUCCUUUUUCAUCCCUCUUCUUCAUGCCUCUUCUUCAUCCCUCUUCUUCAUCCCUCUACUUCAUCCCUCUUCUUCUUCAUCCCACUUCUUCAUCCGUCUUCUUCUUCAUCCCUCUUCUUCAUCCCUAUUCUUCUUCAUCCCUCUUCUUCUUCAUCCCUCUUCUUCAUCCCUGUUCUUCUUCAUCCCUCUCCUUUUUCAUCCCUCUUCUUCAUGCCUCUUCUUCAUCCCUCUUCUUCAUCCCCCUUCUUCAUCCCUGUUCUUCUUCAUCCCUCUCCUUCUUCAUCCCUCUUCUUCAUCCCUCUUCUUCUUCAUCCAUCUUCUUCAUCCCUCUAUUUCAUCCCUCUUCUUCUUCAUCCCUCUUCUUCAUCCCUCUUCUUCAUCCCCCUUCUUCAUCCCUGUUCUUCUUCAUCCCUCUUCUUCAUCCCUCUUCUUCAUCCUUCUACUUCAUCCCUCUUCUUCAUCCCUCUUCUUCUUCAUCCCUCUUCUUCAUCCUUCUUCUUCUUCAUCCCUCUUCUUCAUCCCUCUUCUUCAUCCCUCUUCUUCUUCAUCUCUCUUCUUCUUCAUCCCUCUUCUUCAUGCCUCUUCUUCAUCACUCUUCUUCAUCCCUCUUCUUCAUCCCUCUACUUCAUCCCUCUUCUUCAUCCCUCUUCUUCAUUCCUCCCUUGAGGUGCUUGUGUUGUGGCCGUCCGCUUCGUGUCUAAUGAAGAACAAGGAGAGCCUCGACCGCAGGCUCUGUCUGUGUGUGUGUGUGUGUGUGUGUGUGUGUGUCUGUGUGUGUGUGUGUGUGUGUGUGUGUGUGUGUCUGUCUGUGUGUGUGUGUUCCGAUCUCAUUGAGCUUGGACAGAACAUAAACCCAAUUUUAGCUUCAAAACACCAGAAAUUUGAAAAACAAAAAAGGGUAAAUUGUGCUGAUUUAUUGGCACGUUGAACCAUGUCACGAGCUGUGGUUUACAAACUCAGUGGCUCGUGCUAAAACAAUGUUCGUCAUUGGGAAGGAGAAAAGUUAAAGAAGGAGUUUUGAGAAUGUCAGAUUAUGUUCAAUGAACGUUGUAUCUGCAGCGAUGAUUCAUAUGGCUGUAGUUGGCAUAUGUCAACGAAGGUGACACUACAAUUGUAGUGUCCUCUGUGGCUCAGUUGGUAGAGCAUGGCGCUUGCAACGCCAGUGUAGUGGGUUCGAUUCCUGGGACCACCCAUAUUUAUAAAAUGUAUUCACAUGUUACUUUAAGUUGCUUUGGAUAAAAAUGCCUGCAAAAUGGCGUACAUUAUAUUGAUGAUGAUGUUAAAUGUAAUGCAAUACUUGUUCAACAUUGUCUUUAAAUCCAUGUUGGUCAGUGCUGCCCAGGAUAGACCAAGGUCAUUCAGUAGCCCAGCCCCUGUAGUGAAGACCCCCUUUAGCUGAAAUAUCACUCUCACCUGCUGUUUCAAAUACUGUCUCCAUCCCCAAAUCAUGUUAGAUAAACAUGGUUGUAUUCACAUGCCAUGUUUGCAUUUCUGGAGCUUAUAAUUUGUAGGAUUUAGCCUGGCGCUCAUGCAACUUUGUAAUUAGAGUAAAUAUUUGAGGAAAGCAUUCUGAUGUUUGUGUGUUUGUGCGAGUGUGUGCGUCUGGUUGCGUCUGUGUUAUGUAUGGGAUCUAGGGGUAUGUUCCAUUGUUUACCUUUUAUCGAUGCAGACAGCUAUUCCUUAUAAGACUGCAGUUCUACAGUGUUAUUAUAUAAGUCUAUUAUGCGAGUGUAAUGUUUACAUGCCUGUGUUUGCAUAGCUUGUAAGUCACUCAUCCUAACUUCUGCUUCUGUCUACUGUCAACCAAGAACCAUUCAUUCUGCAAUAGAAAGACCAGUGUAACAAUACUUGAUAUCCAUGUUGGUCCGUGCUGCCCAGGAUAGACCAAGGUCAUUCAGUAGCCCAGCCCCUGUAGUGAAGACCCCCUUUAGCUGAAAUAUCACUCUCAGCUGCUGUUUCUAACACUGUCUCCAUCCAAAUCAGGUUAGAUAAACAUGGCUGUAUCCAAACGCCAUGUUUGCAUUUCUGGAGCUUAUUAUUUGUAGGAUUUAGCCUGGCGCUCAUGCAACUUUUGUAUAUUGUCUUUAUAUGCAUGUUGACUUGAGUAAUGUUGACUUUGUAUCCAUCAGUGAGCAUUGGCCAAACAUUGGUACAUGUAUCACAUAUCGUAUAACAUCAUGCGGUGAUGUCACCUUGACUCAAACUCACUCCCCCAGUGCACACAUGUCCAGUGUCGGCGUGAGUACGAAUCCAUCACACCGCUUAUUUUAUUUUGACACAUAUUCUCCUCUCUUUCCUGUGCUACUCACGGUCCAAAGUUUGAGAGGAGUGGGAACUGCACCCAUUCCUUUAAAGGCCCAAUGCAGACGUUUUUAUCUCAAAAUCAAAUAAUCUCUGGGUAACAAGUAAAAUAGAUGACCAAAAGUACGUAAUCAUGGUCAUUAAUAUAGAGUUGGUUCCCCCUUUGCUGCUAUAAGAGCCUCCAUUCUUCUGGGAAGGCUUUCCACUAGAUGUUGGAACAUUGCUGCGGGGACUUGCUUCCAUUCAAACCCAAGAGCAUUAGUGAGGUCGGUCACUGAUGUUGGGCGAUUAGGCCUGGCUUGCAGUCGGCAUUCCAAUUCAUCCCAAAGGUGUUCGAUGGAGUUGAGGUCAGGGCUCUGUGCUGGCUAGUCAAGCUCUUCCACACCGAUCUCGACCAACCAUUUCUGUAUGGUCCUCGCUUUGUUAUGCUGAAACAGGAAAGGGCCUUCCUCAAACUGUUGCCAUAAAUUUGGAAGCACAGAAUCAUCUAGAAUGUCAUUGUAUGCGAUAUGCUCACUGGAACUAAGGGGCCUAGCCCGAACCAUGAAAAACAGCCCCAGACCAUUAUUCCUCCUACCCCAAGCUUUACAGUUGACACUAUGCAUUGUGGCAGGUAGAGUUCUCCUGACAUCCGCCAAACCCAGAUUUGUCCGUCGGACUGCCAGAUGGUGAAGCAUGAUUCAUCACUCCAGAGAACGCGUUUCCACUGCUCCAGAGUUCAAUAGUGGCGAGCUUUACACCACUCCAGCCGACACUUGGCAUUGCGCAUAGUGAUCUUAGGCUUGUGUGUGGCUGCUCGGCCAUGGAAACCCAUUUCAUGAAGCUCCUGAUGAGCAGUUCUUGUGCUGACAUUACGAACUCGGUAGUCAGUGUUGCAACCGAGGACAGAUGAUUUUCAUGCGCCACACGCUUCAGCAUUUGGCGGUCCUGUUCUGUGAGCUUGUGUGGCCUACCACUUCGCGGCUGAGCUGUUGUUGCUCCUAGACAUUUCCACUUCACAAUAACAGCACUUACAGUUGACCGGGGCAGCUCUAGCAGGGCAGAAAUUUAACAAACUGACUUGUUGGAAAGGUGGCAUCCUAUGACGGUGCUAUGUUGAAAGUCACUGAGCUCUUCAGUAUGGGACAUUCUACUGCCAAUGUUUGUCUAUAGAGAUUGCAUGGAGGUGUGCUCAAUUUUAUACACCUGUCAGCAACGGGUGUGGCUGAAAUAGCCGAAUCCACUAAUUUGAACUUUGUAGUUUACCUUACUGUGAUUGUUUUCAAUCAAAAUGGUCAAACAGAAGGAAAAAUUUGCUUCUUGGCAAGAUCACUUUCUCAAGCAAGAAUGCGGCUAAUACUGACUGGGAGUUGUCUGUUAUUGGCAGAGAGGUUUGGAACUCUCUUUCUUAUUGGUCUAUUAACUAAUUUACCGCAUGGUGAUGUCACCGGGCAGGCCAAACUCCAUCCUACCAAAACAGGCAGAUAUUUCAGGCAUCUUUUCAAACAGCUCUUACACUAAAAGAGCAUUAUCAUCAUUUUCACAAUGUCACAUUAUUAUUCCAACCUCAUAGUGUGGAAAUAUAUACAGUGCAUUCGAAAAUUAUUCAGACCCCUUGACUUUUUCCACAUUUUCUUACAUUACAGCCUUAUUCUAAAAUUGAUUAAAUGCAUUUUUCCCCUCAUCUAUCUACACACAAUACCCCAUAAUGACAAAGUGAAAACAGGUUUUUAGACAUUUUUGCAAAUGUUUGAAAAUUUUAACAGAAAUACCUUAUUCACAUAAGCAUUUAGACGCUUUGCUAUGAGACUCGAAAUUGAGCUCAGGUGCAUCCUGUUUCCAUCGAUCAUCCUUGAGAUGUUUCUACAACUUGAUUGGAGUCCACCUGUGAUAAAUUCAAUUGAUUGGACAUGAUUUGGAAAGGCACACAACUGUCUAUAUAAGGUCCCACAGUUGACAGUGCAUGUCACAGCAAAAACCAAGCCAUGAGGUCGAAGGAAUUGUCCGUAGAACUCCGAGACAGGAUUGUGUCGAGGCACAGAUCUGGGGAAGGGUACCAAAAAAUGUCUACAGUAUUGAAGGUCCCCAAGAACACAGUGUACUCCAUCAUUCUUAAAUGGAAGAAGUUUGCAACCACCAAGACUCUUCCUAGAGCUGGCCGCCCGGCCAAACUGAGCAAUCGGGGGUAGAAGGGCCUUCAUCAGGGAGGUCACCAAGAACCAGAUGGUCACUCUGACAGAGCUCCAGAGUUCCUCUGUGGAGAUGGGAGAACCUUCCAGAAGUUCAACCAUCUCUGCAGCACUCCACCAAUCAGGCCUUUAUGGUAGAGUGGCCAGACGGAAGCCACUCCUCAGUAAAAGGCACAUGACAGCCCGCUUGGAGUUUGCCAAAAGGCACCCAAAGGACUCUCAGACCAUGAGAAACAAGAUUCUCUGGUCUGAUGAAACCAAGAUUGAACUCUUUGGCCUGAAUGCCAAGCGUCACAUCUGGAGGAAACAUGGCACCAUCCCUACGGUGAAGCAUGGUGGUGGCAGUAUCAUGCUUUGGGGAUGUUUUUCAGCGACGGGACUGGGAGACUAGUCAGGAUUUAGGGAAAUAUGAACAGAGCAAAGUACAGAGAGAUCCUUGAUGAAAACCUGCUCCAGAGCACUCAGGACCUCAGACUGGGGCGAAGGUUCACCUUCCAACUUGACAACGACUCUAAGCACACAGCCAAGACAAUGCAGGAGUGGCUUCGGGACAAGUCUCUGAAUGUCCUUGAGUCCGCACUUGAACCCGAUCAAACAUCUCUGGAGAGAUCUGAAAAUAGCUGACCUUGACUUAAUUCCCUCAUAAUUCCACCACCUUUACGCGAGAUGAAACGAUGAAUAACCUCUCGGUUCCAAGUGGAACAACAUUUACUGAUUCAGAAGGGUUGGGUUGGAUGUGGAAUACACAUUUCAGUUGAAUGCAUUCAGUUGUACAGCUGACUAGGUAUCCUCCUUUCCUUUCCAUUACUUUUCUUUUUUUUAAACGAAAUAACACCAUCCUCCAUGCACUGUUAGUUACACAUUGAUAAGAGUUAUUGAUAAGAGCUAGGUAAAUGAGUAAGCCGUUUGGAUAAGGGGAUUGUAAAUGUAAAUGACAAUUAUUUUACCUUAGAAUUUCUGGUGACAAAUGUUGAUGAAAUGUUGGCCUCGUAACUUGGGAUGAAAUGUGGAGACCCAAGCUAUAGGCUUCUGUAGCCAUGCACAAAUGACAGUAUAUAGCACCAAACCUACCGAGUUGAUUUAUGGUUUCUAGAAUGUCUGGACUUUUCACUGUAUUUAUUUUACAAUUUGUAUGGUGUUAAACAUUAGCCACUAUCGUUAACCACCGUCAGUUUUACCCACAUACAGUGAGGGAAAAAAGUAUUUGAUCCCCUGCUGAUUUUGUUUGUUUGCCCACUGACAAAGACAUGAUCAGUCUAUAAUUUGGCAAUCACAGAGGUCAGACGUUUCUUGUAGUUGGCCACCAGGUUUGCGCACAUCUCAGGAGGGAUUUUGUUCCACUCCUCUUUGCAGAUCUUCUCCAAGUCAUUAAAGGUUUCGAGGCUGACGUUUGGCAACUCGAACCUUCAGCUCCACAGAUUUUCUAUGGGUUUAAGGUCUGGAGACUGGCUAGGCCACUCCAGGACAUUAAUGUGCUUCUUCUUGAGCCACUCCUUUGUUGCCUUGGCCGUGUGUUUUGGGUCAUUGUCAUGCUGGAAUACCCAUCCACGACCAAUUUUCAAUGCCCUGGCUGAGGGAAGGAGGUUCUCACCCAAGAUUUGACAGUACAUGGCCCCGUCCAUCGUCCCUUAUGGUCCCAGCUGCCUUGAGAUCAUUGACAAGAUCCUCCCGUAUAGUUCUGGGCUGAUUCCUCACCGUUCUCAUGAUCAUUGCAACUCCAUGAGGUGAGAUCUUGCAUGGAGCCCCAGGCCGAGGGAGAUUGACAGUUAUUUUGUGUUUCUUCCAUUUGUGAAUAAUCGCACCAACUCUUGUCACCUUCUCACCAAGCUGCUUGGCAAUGGAUCUUGUAGCACAUUCCAGCCUUGUGUAGGUCUACAAUCUUUUCCCUGACAUCCUUGGAGAGCUCUUUGGUCUUGGCCAUGGUGGAGAGUUUGGAAUCUGAUUGAUUGAUUGCUUCUGUGGACAGGUGUCUUUUAUACAGGUAACAAACUGAGAUUAGGAGCACUCCCUUUAAGAGUGUGCUCCUAAUCUCAGUUUGUUACCUGUAUAAAAGACACCUGGGAGCCAGAAAUCUUUCUGAUUGAGAGGGGUUCAAAUACUUAUUUCCCUCAUUAAAAUGCAAAUCAAUUUAUAACAUUUUUGACAUGCGUUUUUCUGGAUUGUUUUGUUGUUAUUCUGUCUCUCACUGUUCAAAUAAACCUACCAUUACAAUUAUAGACUGAUCAUUUCUUUGUCAGUGGGCAAACGUGCAAAAUCAGCAGGGAUCAAAUACUGUUUUCCCUCACUGUAUAUUUAUAACUGUCACUGACUUUCCUCUGUCACGUUCGUGCGUAAAGGCUCUCCAAACCUGUUUUUUAAUUAUUCAUGAAUCGUUUUCUAACCCUAAAUAAUAUACAAGAUCAGAGUGUUUUUAAAUCUACCAAGUGGUGCUGAAAAGGAGACGAACAUGUGUGUAUUUAAAUGGAUUUCUUUCAUUGAUCCAUAAUAUUCUGAACUGUUCUCUCCAUAUAUUCUAGUGAGUCUGUCGAGAAAAUUCUAAUUAAAGGUACACCUAAUUUAAAGGGAUGGCUUUAGAUAACAGUACUGAAAACCCUAUUGAAGGAAAACUCCACGAGAAAAUCUGUGGGCCAGCAAGUGGGAGUUUUUUCAGUGGUUGAAGUAAAUGUAUUCAGUGCCCACGAGGGAACCACGCCUGCAAUGCCCAUUACGCACCUGCAUAAGGUAAGUCUAAAUACCGCAUAAGGUAAGUCUGAAUACCAAAUAAGGUAAGUCUGAAUACCGCAUAAGAUAAGUCUGAGUACCGCAUAAGGUAAGUCUGAAUACCGCAUAAGGUAAGUCUGAGUACCGCACAAGGUAAGUCUGAAUACCACAUAAGGUAAGUCUGAAUACCACAUAAGGUAAGUCUGAAUAAUAACUACUGAGAAGUGUGUAGGAAAAGCGUACAUUUCCUAAGUCUGAAUUAGGCCCUCAGUACAUAACCCACAUCCCUUAAAGCUGGAAUCUGUAGCAGUGAAACUGCCACAUCCGUUUGCGAUAUUACAUCAACUAAGACGUUACCUCAAACAACCAAACAGUUUCUUCCCUCUGACAUCAUUGCACAUCCUUGCACGCACAAUAGAACAACAGAAGAUGUACUACGAUUUAUUUUCGCCACGAUGCCGGAAUGCUAAUUUACUCACAUAAAAAACAAUGAAAAAUGCACCUGGGGAAGGAAGUGGUUUAGCCUAACUCAGAUCUCAGCUUUAACAAUAUAGCUUUAAUGCAACGUUAAUAUUGUGCUAUAUUAUUGAACAUAUUAUGUAUAGAGUGACAGGCCAAGUAAUAUGCCUUAAUGAACACUCCACGGACACUUAGGUCAUACUGUCAAGCUGUUCUGUCUGUUUAUCUUCCUAACUUCCUUGAUGACCUUGUUGUUGUUGUUGUUGUUGUUGUUGUUGUUGUUGUUUUCUCCUUGUAUUAUUGAUCAUGCUAUUUUUUGGGUGCCAUGAGCCUUUGUUGUGAUGCACUUUGGAUUUAUUAUUGUCAUGUAUAUAUUUACUAUUUUAUUUUUACUCUAUAAGUGUCCUUCGGUAUCUUAAAAGGUGCAAAUGAAAUAUAUUAUUAUUAUACACUUUAAUGUACACUGUUUCAUGAGCUGAAAUAAAAGAUCCCCGAAAUGUUCCGUACGCACAAAAAGCCUAUUUCUCACAAAUUGUGCCACGCCUCUCCCGAGCCCAUUGGGGAGUUGCAGCGAUGAGACAAGAUCGAAAAAGGGGGGUGAAAUACAAGAAAUACAACAACAACAAACAAAAUCUGUGUUGCUGACAUUUGGAUCAAGUGAUUGAGAGAGUGUGUGUGUAUGUGUGUGGGGGGGGGGGGGGGGGGGGGGGGGGGGGGGUCAUUCAUAAUGCUUUUUGGGAACUGAAUGACUUGGCAUUAUCUCCAGCAUUCACUCACCCCCACAGUGAACAUAGCUGACUUGGCAAGAGCUGUCUGCCUGUCGGACGGCUGCGAGAGGAAUGGAGCUCAAUUGGACUUCUUCAAGGCUUAUUCAUGCUGUCGAGUCGGUUUGACUCAGAGCAGAGGGAAGGAGAGGAAGAAAGGGGGAAUGAGAGAAGGAAUGGAAGAAGAGAGGCAGAGAGUUUUGACAAAGGAAGGGUUGGGAGGGGUUGGGAAGAACUCCAUGAACCAAACGUUGAAUGUGAGCUGAAUAUAAAGAGAGUCUGGACCGAUACAACAGCUGGCUAGGAGACAGAGAGAGGGGGAGGAGAGAGAGACAGACAGAGAGAGACAGACAGACAGAGACAGAGAGAGAGAGAGAGAGAGAGGGGGGGGGGGGGUAGAGAGGGGGGAGAGAAAGAGAGGGGGGGGGAGAAACAAAGAGAGAGGGUGAGAGAGAGCGGGGAUAGAGAAAGGGUGACGGGAAGUGGGAGAGAGAGAGAAGCGAGAGAGAGAGAGUAGAGAUAAGCUAGAGUCUAUUAGAUAUAUCGAGUCAAUAGAUAUAUAUAGAGAGAAUUACAUCUGAAUUAAUCGCAGUGGGUUUUUUUGAUGCGACCAUCCUCCUCUCUUUAAUAGAUAGGUAGAUCUGUAGAGCCGCUAUAGCUAUAUAGCUAGAGCGGGUUUUUCUAGCGGUAUGAUUUAGUAUAUCGAUAUAUCAGGAAUUUUUUUAUCUCUCUCCCAUUAGCAGCAAUGAGAGACGGCGAGGAGGAGAGAGAGGUAAACAGGCGAGACAAGAGUUCACUGUCCACUGGAUUCGCUACCAUGCCCAUCAAACCUGCUACUGUUUUGGAGCUCUGUUUUGUAGUGUGACUCCCCUGUUCCCCUUGUUCCUUCCUGUUCCUCCUGUUUUCCCUGCUCCCUCCAUCACAUGCUCAUCACACUGCCAAAAUCCUCACACGCAAAUAUUGCUUCCUUUUUCUGUGUUAGGGUAUGUUGUAACGAGUGAUAACUCCACCAGUUCUGGUUCCAUGUAAUGAUAGAUGACUGAGCACAAAGUGAGCAUUAUCAAACUGUUUGUCUGCCUGUCUGUCUGCCUUUCUGUCUGCCUGUCUGUCUGUCUGUCUGCCUGUCUGCCUGCUUGCUUGUCUGCCUGUUUGCCUGUCUGCCUGUCUGCCUGUCUGUCUGUCUGUCUGUCUGUCUGUCUGUCUGUCUGUCUGUCUGUCUGUCUGUCUGUCUGUCUGUCUGUCUGUCUGUCUGUCUGUCUGUCUGUCUGUCUGUCUGUCUGUCUGUCUGUCUGUCUGUCUGUCUGUCUGUCUGUCUGUCUGUCUGUCUGUCUGUCUGUCUGUCUGUCUGUCUGUCUGUCUGUCUGCCUGUCUAUCUGUCUGUGUGUGUGAGAGAGGCGAGAGUGAGAAACAGAGAAAGAACAGGGGACAGGAAAAGCAUUGUUCUGCUGGCCCAGCUAGAGUUUUUUGUGUUAGUGGGGUAAGUGUAUCCACACAUCUAAAUAGACGACAAGUAUCCCGCUGCAUGUAGGAGCACACAGUCCUUAACCCUAACCCCAACCCCAGCCUCUAACCCUAAGGUUGACUAUUGAGAUGCACCCCGGGGGGGAGGGGGUUCUCUUUAAUUAAAUUAAUUAUCUUUAAUUAAAGCUGUGGGUGAAUCAUCAUGAGGGGUAUAUGAUGAGUUCAUAAAAGGUCUGAAUAUCCCACAUGGCAGAUGUCCAGUGACUAUGACAAUCACUACUCGCAACAUCAGGGCUCUUUAUUUUCCUGGUGGGCUCACUGGGCUGGACGGGAGAAGUUGAAUGGGGAGAGAGACAGCUGUUGUUCAUUCUUCGUUCUGUCUGACAGACCAGUCUUAAGCUGAUUUACUCUUUCCUAUAAAACACAGUGUACAAGUUUGCUUACAAUUUUGACAAGAUAGCUGUGAAUGAGAUGAGAUGUUAAAUACAAAGACAGUCAAGAAAACAAGAUCAAUUCUUUUUUUUUUGAGGUUUCAUAUUUUAUUGAAUAGACCUAUGACUUUACAGGGGUUGUUAAAAAAUAAGUACUUAAAAAAAAAUCUAAACUGCACAUUCAUUUUACUGUUGUUGUUUUGUCUAUCUUAAUUUCAUUUUGUCUAGAAAUGUAUUGUUUUGAUCUUUCUCACAUUUAUGAUUUUAUUUAUGUUUGUUAACCACUUUGAACUGCAUUUUGUAUUUUACACAUUCAUUUUGGGGAUGAAAAAUUAUCAAUUCUAAAGGACUAUUUUCUGUGCGAUUGUUUUGGAACAAUAUGAAGUUCCUUUUGGGUUGGCCGCCCUUCUCCGUUUCCAUGCGCUAUAUGGAUGCAUGAGAGUCAGCGAGAGAGAGGUAGAGCACUCGGUGUGACGUCAUGAUCUUACAACAAGAUACGCCUGGAGCUUUAUCACAGAGGCGAAUCAUUUACGGUAUAAAAAGACUUACAGCCGAGAGGGCUAACUCGUUGGAGCGCACAAACAAUUACAAAGCCAGCUAGAUAUAACUUUUGGCACCAGCGGAGCGCAGCGCACAACCCUCGAAUACGCUCCUUGAGCCCUCUCUUGCCUCUCUUUAUCCCGGGGUGACAAUUCAUUUGUGCGCUCCAAGUCAAAUCAGAACUCACUCCGUUGAAAUGCGAGCAUCAGCGUAAAGACCUCGCACCUUCGAGAGAGGGGACAGACACAUAUUUAUGCAAGUGUUUGACAGUGUCAGACAGCAAGCAGGGAACAGCAGAGGAGCACCUGUCUUCACGGGAUGUGCUUGGAAAGCAGCUGAAACCGAGACGCAUCAUCGGUCUAGUCCGGGGACAGAAGCCUAAAAAAAUGGGCGCUGCCAGCGUGGACCUGCUGGUCACCCUCCAGAUCCUGCCCGGUUUCUUCUCCAACUGCCUGUUCCUCGCGCUCUACGACUCGGUGGUGCUGGUGAAGCGCGUGGUGUCGUUGCUGAGCUGCUCUGGCGGCGGCGGGGGAGAGUGGCAGCGCAUGCUUACUUCGGCGGGGCUCCGUUCCGUAUGGAACAGCUUCCUGCUGGACGCAUACAAACAGGUAAUGAACCAUGUCAUACUGUCAUAUAAACAGCAUUCUGCUAGAGGCAUAUAAACAGGUAAUGAACCAUGUAUGUUAACACUGCAGGCUACACUGUGGUUAGAUUUUGUGCGUAUACUGUGAGUUGUAGGAACUUGUUUUGUGGUAUAUCUGUGCUCAACACACCCACAGGUCUUGGGCAUUGUUCCAGCAAAUGAGUAAUCACUCAUGGACAGAUUCACGGAAAGUGACAACUUUCAUCUGUGUAACCUAGAUUAGCAGAAUAGUGUCCUCUAAAUGUGUCAGUGGCAUCACCUGGAAAAGUUGGUCAAAACUGCAUCAGCAUGAAAUGAUCUCAACUGUUUUAAGCUUCUCUGUUACCUCUUAACAUUUCAAAAGCACUGUAUAGUUUAUAGAAAUGCAUUCAUUUUGAAAGGACAGUUAUAUAUCUGCAUCACUGAAUUCUUAUUAUCUGGCCAUCUGAGACCAUGUCCUCUCUUUUAAAUGUUGAACGUUAAUAUCAAAUUAAAAAAUGUAGGUUAUCUGAUCUAAAAAGUGAUGAACUUUGGUCCCCAGACAGUCAAAACCAUGAGGGGCCAUUCACCCUCGAUUACUCAGAAAUUCAGAGGUCUGGCUUCUCCUAAAUGUUACAUUUUAACUCCCAAACCAAACAGAGACCAGUGUGUCAGUGCCACCCAGACUCUAGGCAUCAAGCCAGGUAGACAGGUACACAUGUGGGCUUUUACACAGAUCAUCUGACACCUAUAGGCAUUUUGAUAGGUAAGAACAUGUACAUGUGGAUGUGAAUGGCUUAUAGCAGGUGAACGAAACACGUGCAUGAUGCUAGUCACUAAAGAAUGUGGUCGGUCUAGUUUGUUGAAUGGCCUGAUCCUCUGUUGUGUCCUUGUCAUGUUCCACCUCUAUAUCACGUCCUCCUCUCUAUCACUUCCUCCUCUCUAUCACUUCCUCUUCUCUAUCACUUCCUCCUGUCUAUCACUUCCUCUUCUCUAUCACUUCCUCCUCUCUAUCACUUCCUCCUCUCUAUCACUUCCUCCUCUCUAUCACUUCCUCCUCUAUAUCACUUCCUCCUCUCUAUCACACCCCUCUCUAUCACUUCCUCCUUUCUAGCACUUCCUCCUCUCUAUCACUUCCUCCUCUAUAACACUUCCUCCUCUAUCACUUCCUCCUCUAUAACACUUCCUCCUUUCUAUCACUUCCUCCUCUAUAACACUUCCUCUUCUCUAUCACUUCCAUCAGUCUAUCACUUCCUCCUCUCUAUCACUUCCUUCAGUCUAUCACUUCCUCCUCUCUAUCACUUCCUUCUCUCUAUCACUUCCUUCUCUCUCUCUCUCGCUCUCUUUUUCGGUCUCUCAUGCCCUGCCUCUGUCGUUCAGUCCCUGCCUCUGUCGUUCAGUCCCUGCCUCUGUCGUUCAGUCCCUGCCUCUGUCGUUCAGUCCCUGCCUCUGUCGUUCAGUCCCUGCCUCUCUCCUACUCUGGCACCACUCUAACACUUCUCUCUCUGUUUCCACCUCUCUUUGUCCUCUCCUUAUCUCUCUCCUCUUCUUCCCUCUCUCUCUCCUGUCCCAUGCUGUGUAUAUGUAUCCUCCUCCUAUUGAACACUAAAUUGUUCUACCUUUUCCUGCACUCUCAUGAGCCAUGCCUGCUCAGCUUCAGGCCUGUAACGGAAUACAACAUUAUUAUAGUGUAAUAAAGCUCUUACCACAACAACACUCACACUCUCUUCAACUCUUAAGCUGCUUACUCUACCUGGAUGUGUACUGGCCAAUUCAAUACACCUAAUCGGCUUACUGAUGUAAAAUACCUAACACGGAUGUUUCCUCCAAAAUGACCUGAGAAAAACAGUAGCCCUUUCCUGCAGUCAAAUGACCUAGUGGCCUCAUGGGUGGAAUGUUUUUAAUGUUUUUCAUAAUUUCAUAAUUAAUAAACAUACUUUUUUUUUUUAACCACUGAAUAUCUGGUGUUUCUAUGUCAAAUGGUUUUACUAUAUUUCAGUCUUCUGUGAUGUAUAUAAAGUGUAAUAUUGAGAUACAAACUCAAAAUUGAAUACAUUUCAAUGUGGCUUGCGAAAGUAUUCACCCCCCUUGGCAUUUUUCCUAUUUUGUUGCCUUACAACCUGGAAUUAAAAUGGAUUUUUUUGGGGGGUAUGUAUCAUUUGAUUUACACAACAUGCCUACCACUUUGAAGAAGUGAAACAAACAGAAAACUUGAGCAUGCAUAACUAUCCCCCCCCCCCCCCCCCCCCCCCCCCCCCCCAAAUCUCUGGAAGACUGAAACAAGUUUCCCUCAACAAUUUCCCUGUAUUUAGCGCCAUCCAUCAUUCCUUCAAUUGUGACCAGUUUCUCAGUCCCUGCCGAUGAAAAACAACCCCACAGCAUGAUGCUGCCACCACCAUGCUUCACUGUGGGGAUGGUGUUCUUGGGGUGAUGAGAGGUGUUGGGUUUACGCCAGACAUAGCAUUUUCCUUGAUGGCCAAAAAGCUAAAUUUUUAUCUCAUCUGACCAGAGUACCUUCUUCCAAAUGUUUGGGGAGUUUCCUACAUGCCUUUUGGCGAACACCAAACGUGUUUGCUUAUUUUUUCCUUCAAGCAAUGGCUUUUUUCUGGCCACUCUUCCAUAAAGCCCUGCUCUGUGGAGUGUACAGCUUAAAGUGGUCCUACGGACAGAUACUUCAAUCUCCGCUGUGGAGCUUUGCAGCUCCUUCAGGGUUAUCUUUGGUCUCUUUGUUGCCUCUCUGAUUAAUGCCCUCCUUGCCUGGUCCGUGAGUUUUGGUGGACAGCCCUCUCUUAGCAGGUUUGUUGUUGUGCCAUAUUCUUUCAAUUUUUAAAUAUUGGAUUUAAUGGUGCUCCGUGGGUUGUUCAAAGUUUCUGAUAUUUUUUUAUAACCCAACCCUGAUCUGUACUUCCCCACAACUUUGUCCCUGACCUGUUUGGAGAGCUCCUUGGUCUUCAUGGUGCCGCUUGCUUGGUGGUGCCCCUUGCUUAGUGGUGUUGCAGACUCUGGGGCCUUUCAGAACAGGUGUAUAUAUACUGAGAUCAUGUGACACUUAGAUUGCACACAGGUGGACUUUAUUUAACUAAUUAUGUGACUUCUGAAGGUAAUUGGUUGCACCAGAUCUUAUUCAGCGGCUUCAUAGCAAAGGGGGGUGAAUACAUAUGCACACACAACUUUUCCGUUAUUUAUUUUUCAGAAUUUUAUGAGACAAGUUCUUUUUUUCAUUUCACUUCACCAAUUUGGACUAUUUUGUGUAUGUCCAUUACAUGAAAUCCCAAUAAAAAUCCAUUUAAAUUACAGGUUGUAAUGCAACAAAAUAGGAAAAACGCCAAGGGGGAUGAAUACUUUUGCAAGGCACUGUAUCUGAUGGUACAGGUGUCUUCUUCUUUUUUUAAGCCCAUAACCAUGUGUGUGAUGUGGGUGAUGUGGAGACUUUUGUUUAAAUGUAGAUUUGUUUAAGACUACCAAGAAACUCUGUGUGACCCUGAUUUAUUCUGCAGUUAAAUGUUAGGAAUGUUUACAGUGUUCUAGGUCUAACAUGGGGACUGGAGAUGCAAGUUUUCACUUUUCUAAUGGGGAUUGAGAUGGGGAGUUAAGUUUUCACUUUUCUAAUGGGGAUUGAGAUGGGGAGUUAAGUUUUUACUUUUCUAAUGGGGAUUGAGAUAGGGAGUUACGUUUUUACUUUUAUAAUGGCGAUUGAGAUGGGGCGGCAUCAUAGAGAGGCAAGCACACUCUUUCUAGCACACUCCAUCCCACUUUGAUAAAUGACUCUUGGCUUGGUUAAUGUAUGGCACACACACCACACACACACACACACACACACACACACACACACACACACACACACACACACACACACAGGGCUGGGUAGGUUACUUUCUAAAUGUAAUCAGUAACGUAACUUUUGGAUUACCCAAACUCAGUAACAUAAUCAGAUUACUUUCAGUUACUUUUAGAUUACUUUCCCCUUAAGAGGCAUUAGAAGAAGACAAAAAUGCAUUUUACCAAUUGAAUGACAUCUGCUGCAGGAUAAAUCAAUGUUAGAGUUUACAUAGCUGGCCAUAAAUGGAUGCAGCAUUUUACUUUAUGGGUUAUGUAGGGUUCUUCUAACCCAUUUCUUUAAAGACUAAAGUCUAUCAGAUGUCCAGUCAUUCCAAUAAAUGUAAUACCCCUUGAUCUUCAAGAAUAGGACUUGGAAAUAUUGAAAUAUAGAUUGUUUUACCUGAGCAUAACCCCAAAAAUGAAGGACUUAUUAGCCUACUCUGUUGUUUAUGAUGUUGUUGUCAUGGAGGACUGAUUGGGCUCAUUGCUUCCAUUUGAGAAAUAAAUCCUGCUCUCAUGGAAUGGCAUGCUUUGAGCACUACCGAAAAGUGAUGUUUUCAUGUGGAAAAUGAAUGCCAUAUGCUGCAUUUGCUAUAGGCCUAUUAUUUAUGUUUUUUGUUGGGGACAUGUAAAUAUAAAUGAUUGAUAUCUCUAUAAUUUACAGCUGUUUAAGUCUAUCAAAAGUUCGCAGGUUUGAGCCUGUGUCCAUUAGGCCUAUGGAGAAAGAAAAUGUAAUCAGCAUGAAUUAUAUUGAGCAAUAAAAAAAACCCCACUGGGGGUCUUCUUAAAUGAAACUUGUUUUUGACAGUAUGGAGCACAAUACCAUGGAGGAGGUUAGAAGGGAAGAACUCCCUCAAACUGUUAUUCCAUGGGCUGGGAUCUGCACUAUGCAGCUGCUAUAAGAGCACAUUUCUUCACAUAGAGUUAGUCUCUAUGGGUGGUAAAGUGCCAUCUGUAUAGUGAAACGUUUGGACACACCUCCUCAUUCAAGGGUUUUUCAUAAUUGUUACUAUUUUCUACAUUGUAGAAUAACUGUGAAAGACAUCAAAACCAUGAAAUAACACAUAUGGAAUCAUGUAGUAACCAAAAACGUGUUAAACAAAUUAAAAUAUAUUUUAUAUUUAAUAUUCUUUUUUUGGUUACUACAUAAUUGCAUAUCUGUUGUUUCAUAGUUUUGAUGUCUUCGCUAUUGUUCUACAAUGUAGAAAAUAGUAAAAAUAAAGAAAAACUGUUGAAUGAGUAGGUGUUCUACAACUUUUGAACGGUAGUGUAUACGUUUGUGAACAGCCAUCCACAACACCCACAAUCCGUAAGUCACAAAUAGCUAAAUGAGAGAGCAGCAGUGUGAUUCACAUCAAUGUGCUAUGUAGAUAUCAAUAAUAAGUGAUAUCCAAUUAAGGUGCCACUAACCUCCUGUGAUGUGUAUAUAAUUGUGUCUAGACGUGAUUGACUGCUCAACACCAAGCUUCUCUUUUCUUUCAGAAAGACUGUAAAUCUCAAUAUAAACAGUUGAUAACCAACCUCUCUUUCUCUCUUCCUCUCCUCUCCCUCCUCUCCCUCCCCUCCUCUCCUCUCCUCUCCCUCCUCUCCCUCCUCUCCUCUCCUCUCCUCUCCUCUCCUCUCCUCUCCUCUCCUCUCCUCUCCUCUCCUCUCCUCUCCUCUCCUCUCCUCUCCUCUCCUCUCCUCUCCUCUCCUCUCCUCUCCUCUCCUCUCCUCUUCCUUCCUUCCUUCCUUCCUUCCUUCCUUCCUUCCUUCCUUCCUCCUUCCUUCCUUCCUUCCUUCCUUCCUUCCUUCCUUCCUUCCUUCCUUCCUUCCUUCCUUCCUUCCUUCCUUCCUUCCUUCCUUCCUUCCUUCCUUCCUUCCUUCCUUCCUUCCUCCUUCCUUCCUUCCUUCCUUCCUUCCUUCCUUCCUUCCUUCCUUCCUUCCUUCCUUCCUUCCUUCCUUCCUUCCUUCCUUCCUUCCUUCCUUCCUUCCUUCCUUCCUUCCUUCCUCUCCCUCCUCCCCCUCCCUCCCCCCCUCUCCCCCUCUCCCUCUCCCUCUCCCUCUCCCUCUUACCCUCUCCCUCUCCUCUCCUCUCCCUCUCCCCUCUCCUCCCUCCUCUCCUCCCUCUCUCCCUCCUCUCCCUCCCUCCGUCUCCCUCCCUCUCCCUCCCUCCUCCCCUCCCAUCCUCUCCUCUCCUCUCCUCCCCUCCCUCUCCCCAUGUAGGUGAAACUGGGCAGUGAGGCACCCAACUCCAAAGUGGUCAAGGUUCCCGGUAGUGGUGGUAACCAUGGCUUCCGGCGGCGGAGCAGUGUGACCACCAGCACAGGCCGUCAUCCUGGGGACGAGUGCCCGCCUGCUGGACUUCGAGUCGUCGGAGCGCCCCCUUGUGGUGAACUUCGGCUCAGCCACCUGACCCCCAUUCAUCAGCCACCUGCCCGCCUUCCGGCAGCUGGUGGAGGAGUUCUCCAACGUGGCCGACUUCCUGCUGGUCUACAUCGACGAGGCGCACCCCUCGGAUGGCUGGGUGGCGCCCGCCAUGGGUCCAUGCUCCUUCGAGGUCAGGAAGCACCGGUCGCUGGAGGAGAGGGUGGUGGCGGCCAUGAAACUGACUGAGGCCUUCAGCCUACCGCCUCAGUGCCAGCUGGUGGCCGACUGCAUGGACAACAAUGCCAACGUGGCCUACGGCGUGUCCUACGAGAGGGUGUGCAUCGUGCAGAGGAGGAAGAUUGCCUACCUGGGUGGGAAGGGACCCUUCUUCUACAACCUGAAGGAUGUGAGGCAGUAUCUGGAACAUAGCUACGGCAAGAGAUAG